UGGAUAUGGUUGCUUAGCACCUCGGAUGGUCCGACCUUCAGCACCUCAUCUCAAUCGUGGGCUUUACCAACCCGAUGCCCAAACGUUGGAGAUUCGUUCGUCGGAAAACCCUGAUGGCCUCGGUCUUGGCGACGGGGGGCCAACGAUGCCAAUCCAGUUAUAAAAGAGCUGCAUCUGGGCUGACUCCCUGAUGUGAUAGAGCCAGUCUGGCCAGCUGAAUAUCGUAUUACCAUGUUAUUUGAUAUGUAUGCGUUACUAGGGCUUCUUGUUGCGCUCGGUUGCAUCCGACCAACCUUCGCAGUUCCUAUAGAGACCCCCCAAAGUUCUGCGUAUGUCGACUGGCGGACUUUCAAGGCCAACGGGGUCAACCUUGGAGGAUGGUUUGAGCAGGAGUCCACGAUCGACACCCAGUUCUGGGAUAAGUACUCCGGUGGGGCGUCCGAUGAAUGGGGACUCUGUGAGCACCUAGGGUCCCAGUGCGGCCCAGUUCUGGAGCAUCGAUAUGCGACGUGGAUAACGACAAAGGACAUCGACAAGCUGGCGUCCGGCGGAGUCAAGGUCCUGCGAAUCCCUACCACGUAUGCGGCGUGGAUCAAGGUGCCUGGCUCUCAGCUAUACUCGGGGAACCAGACCGUCUACCUGAAGCAAAUCGCCGACUACGCCAUCUCAACAUACGACAUGCACAUCAUUGUGGACACCCACUCGCUCCCCGGAGGCGUAAACGGCCUGACGACCGGCGAAGCCACCGGGCACUGGGACUGGUUCUGGAACGAAACGAACUUCGACUACUCCAUGCAGGUCAUCGACAAGGUCAUCUCAUUUGUGCAGAACUCCGGCUCGCCCCAGUCGUACUCCAUCGAGCCCAUCAACGAACCCGCCGAUAACAACACCAACAUGAUCACCUUCGGGACCCCCGAAGCCCUGACGGACCACGGUGCGGCGUGGGUGCUGAAAUACAUCAAAGCCGUGGUCCAGAGUGUGGCCGCCGUGAACCCAAAGGUCCCUGUCAUGUUCCAGGGCAGCUUCAAGUAUCCGUCGUACUGGGCGGGAGACUUCCCUGCCGACACCAACCUCGUGUUCGACGUGCACAACUACUACUUCGAGAACCGCCCUGCCACCUCGGAGAACCUGCCCGGCCUGCUGUACUCGGACGCGCGCGCCAGAUCGAGCGACGGCAAGUUCCCUGUGUUCGUGGGCGAGUGGGCCAUCCAGACGACGUACAACAACUCGCUUGCUCUUCGGAAGAGGAACCUCAACGCGGGACUGGCUGCUUUUGGCGAGUACACGCAGGGCAGUUCCUACUGGACGGCCAAGUACACGGGCAACACCAGCGUGGACGGACAGGGACAGCAGCGCGAUUACUGGAGCUACGAGACGUUCAUUGACGACGGAUUCAUCGAGGGUGUCUAACAUCUGAUAUCUGACAUCUGACCCAUGUGGCCAACCUCUAUCCCCAUCGGGUUAUAUCUCAUUCAUGUACAUACUAUCAUCCCAUGCUACGCAAUUCAAACCAAUGCUACUAUUGAUGACUUUUGCACGUAACCACAGUCUAGAAAUAACAACAAAGCACAAUCUGAACGAACGCUCAGCAGAUGAACGCGGGUUAUCCAUAAGAAAUACAAGCAUGCCACACGCAUAAGCCGUCUCACAUCCACCGUCAUCGACGCACACCGCUUAUCACUAUCACAAUAGCCUCCUCCUCCUCCUCCUCCUCCACCACCAUCAAUCAGUGACCAGCACUG